CCGGCAUUAUUAAUUAAUUGGCUGCCUCGCCAUCGAACGUUUCUGGAUAAAUUCAACAGUUUCCGAGAGUGGAAGACAAUACGUUGCCUGCCUGCUACUGCCUCUUCACUUGCCUUCCGUUCCCUUCAUAUUAAUCAAGGAUCUCCCAUCCCGAAUUUUACAUACACUUAGCUUUCAAACGGCCGGCGCCGGAGAAUUGAAUAUACUCUGCAUUACGUAAGUACCGGUGGUGUUACGCAGUAUAUCAUCCUCCAGUCUCCAGAAAUACAGUACCGAGCCACCCACCGGCAAUGGCUGCGGCGGCGGCGGCGUUGAGUCCAAAAGGGCACAUAGAGGAGAUCCGGCGGUGUAAGUUUUCGAUCGGAGGAGAGCCCAACCCACUGACGGAGGACCUGCAUCAGGCCGUUAAAAACCUCUCUGCUGAGCUCUACUCUAAAGAUGUUCACUUUCUCAUGGAGCUCAUCCAGAAUGCGGAGGAUAACGAGUACGAGGUUGGCGUGAACCCCACUCUUGAGUUCGUAAUCACAUCCAAAGACAUAACGGAGACUGGAGCUAAGGCCACACUGGUGAUUUUUAACAACGAAAAGGGCUUCGCCCGCCAGAACAUUGAAUCAAUUUGCAGCGUCGGCCGUUCCACUAAGAAAGGAAACCGAAAGAAUGGCUACAUUGGGGAAAAAGGCAUUGGGUUCAAGAGCGUCUUUCUAAUUACAUCCCAACCGUACAUUUUCAGCAAGGGAUACCAAAUUCGGUUCAGCGAAGAGCCAUGCUCACAGUGCAAAAUCGGUUAUAUCGUCCCAGAGUGGGUGGAGAAUGAAAACCCUGUUCUUGCACACAUAAGACAAAUUUAUGGUUCAUCAACUUCACUCCCCACCACAACUAUGGUGUUGCCUCUGAAAUCUGACAAGGUUGAUCCAGUGAAGAAGCAGCUAUCAAAGAUUCAUCCAGAGCUUCUCUUGUUUCUUUCCAAGAUAAGGAAGCUUUCUGUCAGGGAAGACAAUGCUGACCGAAAGCUCAAUACUGUGAGCACCAUAUCCAUUUCAAGCGAGAAGAAUCUUGUCACGAGGAAAAACAUCAAUGCAGAGUCCUAUGCUCUUAUUCUCUCUUCUGAUGAAGAUAAAGGGAAUGGCCAAUGCUCUUAUCACAUGUGGCGACAGAGAUUCCCAGUCAAGAAUGGAUGCCGAGUUGAUCGGAGAAUGGAAGUUGAAGAUUGGGUUAUCACAAUUGCGUUUCCACACGGGGAGCGUCUCAACAGGGGAAAUAGUUGCCCUGGUAUCUAUGCUUUUCUUCCCACAGAGAUGGUCACCAACUUUCCAUUCAUAAUCCAAGCAGAUUUCUUACUAUCGUCAUCCAGGGAAACAAUCCUACUAGACAACCAAUGGAAUAAGGGAAUCCUUGACUGUGUUCCAUUAGUCUUUUUGAGUGCAUUCACCUCGCUAGUUAAAUCAAGUGAUGAUGUUCCUGUCUCUAGUCUGGCUGAAAUGUUCUGCUUUUUGCCAGUUGAGAGUUCCUCAUAUCCAAGCCUGGAUGCUACUGUCAGAGAUCCGAUCAAAGCAAAGCUGCAGGAGGAAGAUAUUGUUCCAUGUCAGUCGUAUACCAAUCAGAAGGUCUUCCGCAAGCCGUGUCAAGUUGGGAGGCUAAUACCAUUUUUUUGGAAUUUGUUGAAUGAGGCUACGAAGCAGGGUGUCACGCUUCACAAUAUCUCCUCUCAUGGAAAGUCUAUUCUCAAUUUUGCAUUUGAUAAGGAGAAGUACAAUAAAGUCUUUGACUUCUUGGAAGUGAAGCAAGUUAAUAAUGAUUGGUAUGCCAAGUGCAUACAGGGUUCAAAUCUUGUUAUGGGUGUGUCUGAAGAGCUUUAUGUACAGCUUCUGUUUUUUGUUGUGGCCUAUUGGAGGUCAUGUUUCUUUUCUAAGGAAAAUAUGGGGAAGCUACCGUUGCUGAAGUACGUUGACAGUAAUGAGCAUGUGGCCUUGUGUAGCAUAGAUUCUGUGUCUGAGCAUCACAUCACAUUGUUUCUGUGCACUAAAUCCAAACAUGUUAGUUGGCUGAUUACCUGGAACAGAGUAUUUCGUUGCAUGGGGGGAUAUUUCAUCCCUGAAUCUACACAUACAGCGUUUGACAACAGUUCUGACGUGUUGAAGUGUAUACGUGACUGGAUGAUAAAUGAUGUUAAGGUUAGAUCUGUUGACACUGCUGAGUACGCACAAGUCAUCUGUCAGUCACUAAGCCAUGACCCAAAGCUCGUCCUUGCAUAUGCACAUUUCUUAUAUCACUCGUACAUGAAGGUUUAUGUGGUCUCUGCAAGCGAUAUUGAGUCACUUUGCAUCAACAUGCCACUUGUUGAUGAUUAUGGAAAUGUCUUGACCCAUCGAGAAGGUGUUCUUGUGCCAGCGAAUGGAAGCAAAUGGGUUCAGUUGAUUGGCUCCAAUCCUUGGAAAAGAGAGGGUUACAUUGAGCUCGGAGAGGAGUACUUGCAUUCCCGACUUGUUGCUAAUGCAUAUACGAACAAUGGAGACAUUCUUGGGUUUCUUAAAACCUAUGCCAGUGCUAUGGAUAUUCCUGAAUUACCACCUCCAAAUGCUACAUUAUCAUGUAUGUCUUCACCGCUAACCAAAGAAAAUGCUUUCUUGCUGUUAGAUUGGAUACGCAAUAGGGGAGUGUUGCCAGAGAAGUUCUUGACCAGCAUAAAAAAUGGAAGUUGGCUUAGAGUCCGCUUAUGUGGUAGUACUGGCUACAGGCCCCCCUCGCAAUCCUUUUUUCCUGAUUCAAAAUGGGGUCCUCAUUUGCAAAAUGGUUCAUUGCGUGUAGAUAUCCCAUUGGUUGAUCUUGCAUUUUAUGGUGCACAGAUUUCUGACUACAUUGAAGCACUAAGAACCACUGGUGUAAUGUUUGAUCUCAAGGAAGCCUGCAUUGGGUUCAAGAGCGUCUUUCUAAUUACAUCCCAACCGUACAUUUUCAGCAAGGGAUACCAAAUUCGGUUCAGCGAAGAGCCAUGCUCACAGUGCAAAAUCGGUUAUAUCGUCCCAGAGUGGGUGGAGAAUGAAAACCCUGUUCUUGCACACAUAAGACAAAUUUAUGGUUCAUCAACUUCACUCCCCACCACAACUAUGGUGUUGCCUCUGAAAUCUGACAAGGUUGAUCCAGUGAAGAAGCAGCUAUCAAAGAUUCAUCCAGAGCUUCUCUUGUUUCUUUCCAAGAUAAGGAAGCUUUCUGUCAGGGAAGACAAUGCUGACAGAAAGCUCAAUACAGUGAGCACCAUAUCCAUUUCCAGCGAGAAGAAUCUUGUCACGAGGAAAAACAUCAAUGCAGAGUCCUAUGCUCUUAUUCUCUCUUCUGAUGAAGAUAAAGGGAAUGGGCAAUGCUCUUAUCACAUGUGGCGACAGAGAUUCCCGGUCAAGAAUGGAUGCCGAGUUGAUCGGAGAAUGGACGUUGAAGAUUGGGUUAUCACAAUUGCGUUUCCACACGGGGAACGUCUUAACAGGGGAAAUAGUUCCCCUGGUAUCUAUGCUUUUCUUCCCACAGAGAUGGUCACCAACUUUCCAUUCAUAAUCCAAGCAGAUUUCUUACUAUCGUCAUCCAGGGAAACAAUCCUACUAGACAACCAAUGGAAUAAGGGAAUCCUUGACUGUGUUCCAUUGGUCUUCUUGAGUGCAUUCACCUCGCUAGUUAAAGCAAGUGAUGAUGUCCCAGUAUCUAGUCUGGCUGAAAUGUUCCGAUUUUUGCCAGUUGAAAGUUCUUCAUAUCCAAGCCUGGAUGCUACUGUUAGAGACCCAAUCAAGGCAAAGCUGCAGGAGGAGGAUAUUGUUCCUUGUCAGUCAUUUACCAAUCAGAAGGUUUUCCGGAAGCCGUGUCAAGUUGGGAGACUACUGCCUGCCUUUUGGAAUUUGUUGAAAGAGGCUACGAAGCAGGGCGUCACUUUUCACAAUAUCUCCUCUCAUGGAAAGUCUAUUCUCAAUUCUGCAUUUGAUAAGGAAAAGUACAAUAAUGUCUUGAACUUCUUGGAAGUGAAGAAUGUCGAACAUGAUUGGUAUGCCAAGUGCAUACAGGGUUCAAAUCUUGUUAUGGGCGUGUCUGAAGAGCUAUAUGUACAGCUUUUGUUAUUUGUUUCUGCGAACUGGAGGUCAGCAUUUUCUAAGACAAAUAUGGGUAAGUUACCGUUACUGAAGUAUGUUGACAGUAAUGAGCAUGUGGCCUUGUGUAGCACAGAUUCUGUGUCUGGGCGCCAAAUCACAUUGUUUCUGUGCACUAAAUCCAACCAUGUUAGUUGGCUAAUUAGCUGGAACAAAGUAUUUCGUUGCAUGGAGGGAUAUUUCUUCCCUGAAUCCACACAUAAAGUUUUUAACGACAGUUCUGCUGUGUGGAAGAAUAUAUCUGAGUGGAUGAUGAAUGAUGUCAAGGUCAGAUCUGUUGACACCGAUGAGUAUGCACAAGUCAUUCGUCAGUCACUAAGCCAUGACCGGAAGCUCGUCCUUGCAUAUGCACAUUUCCUAUAUCACUCAUACAUGAAGGAUUAUGUGGUGUCUGCAAGCGAUAUUAAGUCACAAUGCAUUAACAUGCCACUUGUUGAUGAUUAUGGAAAGGUCUGGACCCAACGACAAGGUGUUCUUGUUCCAGCAAAUGGAAGCAAGUGGGUUCAGUUGAUUGGCACUAAUCCUUGGAAAAGGGAGGGUUACAUUGAGCUCGGAGAGGAGUACUUGCAUUCUCAAAGAUAUGUUGCUAAUGUAUAUGCCAAGAAUGGAGACAUCCUUGGAUUUCUUAAAGAUUAUGCCGGUGCUAUGGAUAUUCCUGAAUUACCCCCUCCUGAUGCAACACUAUCAUGCAUGUCUUCUCCCCUUACCAAAGAAAAUGCUUUCUUGCUGUUAGAUUGGAUUCGUAAUAGGGGAGUGUUGCCCGGGAAGUUCUUGAGCAGCAUAAAAAAUGGAAGUUGGCUUAGAGUCCGCUUAUGCGGUAGUACUGGCUACAGGCCCCCCUCACAAUCCUUUUUUCCUGAUUCAAAAUGGGGACCUCAUUUGCAAAAUGGUUCAUUGCGUGUCGAUAUCCCAUUGGUUGAUCUGGCAUUUUAUGGUUCACAGAUUUCUGACUACAAGGAAGCACUGAGAACCACUGGUGUAAUGUUUGAGCUCAAGGAAGCCUGUGAGUUUAUUGGGAAGCAUUUCAUGUCUCUGGUGGAUUCUUCUUCUUUUGCAAACCAUGAUGUCAUCUCUAUACUUAAGUUCAUCAAGUAUUUGAGGGAGAAGUAUCUUCCUCCUGGUGACUUUAUCAAUAGCAUUAAAGAUAAGAGCUGGUUGCGGACCACACAAGGCAUGAAGAAGCCAGGGCAAUGUGUUUUUCUUGCUGACAAAUGGUCUGCUAUUUCACAGAUCAGCAAUGUCCCAUUUGUUGAUCAAAAGCUUUAUGGUCAAGAUAUUCUUAUUUUCAAGGAAGAACUCAGGCUUCUUGGGGUAAUAUUCGAAUUCAACAAAAAUUACAAUCUAGUUGUUUCCAAUCUGAAGCCAUCUGAACAUUUGAACUCCUUAAGUGCUAAAACAGCUUUCUUGGCUCUCAAAUGUAUCCGUCACCUCAAGCUAAAUUCCACUGAUAGACUAUGCAUAGCACUUAAGGGUAAUAGGUGUCUAAAGACUUCCGCGAAUGGAUAUAAAUCUGCUACAGAAUGUUUCUUACCAGAUGCAACUUGGAGUUGCAUUCUACAUGUUUUUGACAACUUUCCCAUAAUUGAUGAGAAGUUUUAUGGAAGCAAAAUUUUUUCAUUCAAGGACGAGCUCAAGAAUUUGGGUGUGGUGGUCAGUUUUGAGGGUGUUGUUAAAACUUUUGUUGAAGUUUUUAAGCAGCAGUCUUCUAAAUGUGCAUUGAGUAAGACCUGUGCACUUUCUUUCCUUGCAUGUUACAGAAAGUUAAAAGCAACUGCCUUCAGUUCACAGUUUGAUGAAAUAUUGAAAAACAUUAAAGAUGUAAAGUGGCUUAAAACUCGGCUUGGUGCUGCCAGUGCCCCAGAAGAGUGCAUCUUGUUUGAUGAAAGCUGGGCACCAAUAUCUUCUAUUUCCUUGUUGCCAUUUGUUGAUGAUGCUUACUACGGCCCUGAGAUUCGUGAUUAUAAGGUGGAGCUUAAUGCCAUGGGGGUCGCCACAACAUUCAGAAAAGGGGCAGUGUUUGUUCCAGCGAGCCUUCGGUUGCCUCAGAAUCCUGAUGUUAUUUCACCUCCUGUUGCGUUAUCUCUGUUCAUGUGUGUACAGAAUUUACAAAAGAAUCAUGAUAAGAACCAUCCUGACCUGCUCUCUUCUCUCCGGGAGAAACUGAAUGUUCAGUGGAUCAAGACUAGAGCAGGUUACAGAUGUCCAAAAGACUGUUUACUUUUCAGCCCAGAAUGGAAAGAUGUUCUGAACCAAGAUGAUGGACCCUUUAUUGAUGAAAAGUUUUAUGGUCCAGAGAUAGCUUCAUACUCUAAGGACCUUCAGACUUUGGGGGUAGUGGUUGAGGUUAAAGAUGGUUGUUCUUUGGUUGCUGAGUACCUCAAUGUGCAUUCUGAUAAGACCUCUAUUAGUCGCAUCUACAAGUACUUGGAUAAGAAUGGCUGGCAUGGUGAUCUGAUAUCUAAUAAGAAUUCAAAGAUGAUAUGGAUUCCCAGUGGGGAUAGUAGCGGGAAGUGGGUUAGCCCUCAAACCUGCAUUCUCCAUGACAGAACUGGUCUUUUUGUACCAGAAUUUUUUGUUUUGGAAAAAUAUUAUAGCAAUGAAUUGUUGCAUUUCUUUUCCAAAGUAGGCGUUAAAACCUAUCCUGCAUUGGAGGACUUCUUCAAGCUUUGGAAAUCAUGGGAGGGUUCAUCAGAGCGGAAACUGUCUCAAUCUGAGUGCUGCGCCUUUUGGGAGUUCAUAGUCACCCACUGGAGCUCAAAGACAAAAAAGUUUCUCGAAGAUAAUCUGAAAAAGAUCCCAGCUUUUUCCGUUGCAAAUGAAGGGAUUUAUUUGCUAGACAAGUGCGAUGUUUUCCUUGCUGAUGACCACUACAUGAAGGAUCUGUUCGAACAAAAUUCUUCAGAUCCGCUGUUUGUCUGGUACCCACAACCAAGCCUUCCAUCGUUGCCCCGAACAAAGCUUCUGGAUAUCUACAAAGAAAUUGGAGUUGGUUAUUUAUCGAAAUCUGUCAAAAAUAAUGGUAUCUCAUCAAUUGAAUCUUCUGGGCUGGAAAGGGUAAAACCUGAAACGAUCCAUAUCGGAAUGAAUCUCUUCACGCUGAUUCUUGGGUUUCUUGCCCAGCCUUCUCUGGAGAUGGAUGCUGAGGAAAGGCACAAGUCUCUCAUGAGCCUUGUGGACUCGAGUUUUCUGAAGAUGGAUGAACCCAUCACCUUUGAUUAUUCUCUCUCACUUUCAUCAGGGAAGAUCCUGACCGCAAAAGCAAGCAGAAUGAUUCGGUGGGAGAGGGAGAGCUCCAAGUUCUUCAUCACAGAGCUCGAGGAAUCAGAAGGUUACAGAGGUGUGCUGGAGUAUGCUACCUGUUUCUCAGAAGUCAUCUCAGAGGGCAUUUUGUGGGACAAAGAAGAUCAUGUACCCCAGCUUUCAGAGCUGAUCAAGCUGGGUUACCUUGUUAAGUUUGACAAGGAUGCUAUCAGUUUCUUGAUGAAAACCAAGAACCUGCAGGUUUUCUUGGAAGAUGAACAGUUUCUCUCUUCUCUCUUUCAUUCCUGCUGAAUUGGGUUGAUGAUGACUGAAGACAACACUCGUGGAGAAUGAUUUGGAGUUAUAUAUGUUUGUUCUGUUUUUAAUUUUGAAUUUCAAAUGACUUGGAGUAUUCCAUAUAGUCUGUCCAUUGUUUUUGGGGCUUUUGGAAUGAUGUUCCUAUGGUCUGCUCGUACCUUUUGUUGUGCUACUUGAAUAUUGGAAGUGUUUUUAAAGGGAUUAUCGCCCACUCUGCUUGUUUCUUCAAUUUGAACUUAUCUAGA